AUGAUUCUUUUUAUACAUAUACAGGAUUGUGGUAGACUCUUAUACAUGGGUCAGAAUGAAUGGGUGCAUGUAAACUGUGCACUCUGGUCUGCUGAGGUGUAUGAAGAAACUGAUGGAUUACUACAGAAAGUUUAUUCCGCUGUUGCUAGGGGUAGAAAACUGAGAUGUGACGCUUGUGGAAAGCCGGGAGCCACAGUCGGUUGUUGUCAGCUGGAUUGCAAUGCUAAUUUUCACUUUCCAUGUGCUCGUCGUAAAAAUUGUGCCUUUGUUGAGUCCAAGAAAGUCUUCUGCUCUGCACAUGUGGCAUUUGCUGAUGGCAGGCUUCUUUCAAAAUUUGAUCUUGAGCAUCGAUUGUGCCUGGACAUGGAAAGUAACAAGUACAUAAAAAAACAGUGGCUUGCUGGACUCAACCAUUCGACCAUCUGCAUUCUUGUUGGUUAG